UUAUUUUUAGUCUUUCAAAUUAUAUAUUGAAUUUAAUAAUUUUUUAAAUAAGUAAUUUGAGAAAAUGAAUAUAACCAACAAACACCUUGAUAAUAUUGAUGUUGAUCAUUUUCAUCAUUUGGGGUUUUCCACCAAAGAUAUCGCUUUAGAAAAUUUUAAAGAUGUAAAAAUUGUCUGCGUGUGUGGUAGUCCUGAACGAGUAAAGAAGUUAGCUGGCUUUUUAAAUGAUGGGUUGAAAUUAGUAAAAGCAGAAGAAAUUCAUAAUUUAUGCUCAACAGAUCGCUAUGUUAUGUUCAAGUUAGGACCCAUACUUCUAGCUAGCCAUGGAAUCGGUGCACCAUCAGCUAGUAUUUUGUUUCAUGAAAUCUUUAAAUUACUACAUUACUCUGAAGCAAAAGAAUUUGUUUUUUUUAGACUUGGAACAUGUGGAGGGUUAGGUGUGAAGCCAGGUACCAUAGUACUCACAAAAAAAGCUUUAAAUGGUUUUCUCCAACCUGUUUAUACACAGACAGUUCUUGGUAAAAAGUUUGACUAUCCAACAAUAAUGGAUAAUACCAUUAUUGAAGAAUUGCAACAUUUAGUACAAGAAAAUUCAAAUUUUGAUGUUAUAAGCGGCGAUACAUUUUGUUGUGAUGAUUUUUAUGAAGCUCAAGCAAGAUUGGAUGGUGCUUUUUGUACGUAUUCGAAACAAGAUAAGGAAGAUUUUUUAACUAUGCUGCAAUCAAAUGGCGUAAAAAAUAUAGAGAUGGAGUCUUCAGUAGUUGCAGCCAUGUGCAAUCGAGCGAAUAUUCGUGCUUGUACUAUGUGUGUAGUCUUGGUUGAUAGGUUGGCUGAAGAUCAAGUUAUUUUAACUAAUGAGAUGCGAAAGGAGAUUGAGAAGAAACCCUGGUAUUUACUUUUAGAGUAUAUAAAAAGAAAGAUUGCUCCAGUGCGUCCUGAUAAUUGAAUGACUAAAUGGUUCUCGGUGUUUAGUUGUGUUUUUUUAAUUUUAUGAAUUGGAUUUUUUAUAGUUUUUUAACGGUGUAUUCUUGUUAUUAUUUAUUUUUAUUAAUUAUUUUAAAUAUUGUGACUAUAAUAAAUAUAGUAACCAAAUAAUUACUAAAUAGUAAAUACAAGGACCAACCGGUUACUUUAUAUUCACUAUACCAACCGGUUACUUUAUAUUCACAACCAGUAUUCUUAAACAGUUACUGUUUAGUAAAUGUUCAAGAAUAUAUACUGUUUAGAAUAUAUACUGUUUAGAAUAUAUACUGGAUUUUUACUACAUCCAUUUACUACUUUUUUAAUCUGAUGCUAUUUAAAAAGACUUUUGGAAAUAAAAUUUGCUAAUAUUUACAUUUGCGAAUAAUAGUUUUUUAAUCAUAUACAAAUUUUAUAAACUCUCGUUCUUGGUGGAAAUGUCUUUUUCCUUCUAUCUAUUGUUUAACGUCCUACUCAUUUUACUAAAACUUCAAUUGUUAAAGAAAUAAAGAUAAUCCUCAAACUGCAAAGCAAAAUUUAUUUUUAAAAUUUUUUUAAAAUUCUAUUUCAUAUUAUUUAUAAAGAAUAUUUAAACGAAUUUUUAUUUCCGUUAUGUAUUGUCUCCACAAUGUAUUAUAAAGAAUUUAUAUCUCCACGAUGUAUUGUAGUGAUUAGCUAUUUUUGCCGCAAAUUUUCAAUUUUUGUUGGUAUUUUAAGGAUAUUCUAAUAAAUUUUGA